GGCACGGAGGAAGGAAGACGUUAAAAACGACACGAGAAAGAAGCCCUGCUCUAUGGCUUCACCCUCAACCAAGUGUUUCUUGUAAAAUGCCGGUGUGUCACAGAAUACUCUUACUUUUAUGGCUACUCCACUUUUCUUCCGUAUAUUCAGAUAUAACGGACGGGAAUGCGGAGCACUUAAAGCGGGAGCACUCGCUCAUUAAGCCAUAUCAGGGUGUUGGGUCGAGUCCUUCAAGUCAGUGGGACUUUUGGGGAAGUACUUUAGUAACCAGCCAGUAUGUGCGCCUUACUCCAGAUGAGAGGAGCAAACAAGGCUCCAUCUGGAAUACAGUGCCAUGCUAUUUGAAGGACUGGGAGAUGCAUGUGCAGUUUAAAAUUCAUGGAUCAGGAAAGAAGAAUCUCCAUGGGGACGGCUUUGCCAUGUGGUACACAAAGGAGAGACUACAUCCUGGCCCAGUCUUUGGAAACCAAGACCAUUUUGUAGGCCUGGCUAUUUUUGUGGAUACCUUCCGUAAUGAUCUCCAAGGAAUGGAUCGCUCCUUUCCCUACAUUUCUGCGAUGGUGAAUAAUGGAUCCCUGCCGUAUGAGCACGGGAAAGAUGGCCGCUCUACUGAAUUAGGAGGUUGCUCCGUUGAAGUCAGAAACAAAGAACAUGACACAUAUCUUGCUGUUAGAUACUCCAAAGGCAGACUCACGAUAAUGGUGGAUGUGGAUGAUCGCAAUGACUGGAAAGAGUGUGUUGAUAUCGGUGGCGUUCGCCUUCCUACUGGAUACUAUUUUGGUGCGUCUGCAGCCACAGGGGAUCUGUCCGAUAAUCAUGACAUCAUCUCCAUGAAGAUGUACCAGCUGAUGGUUGAACACAGUCUUGAGGAGGACAAUCAGGAUUGGACUAAGAUCGAGCCCAGCGUCAGUCUCCUCAAGUCGCCAAAAGAUAACAUUGAUGAUCCAACUGGAAAUUUUCGAAGCUCACCUCUCACCGGCUGGAAGGUCUUUCUACUCCUUCUUUGUGCCCUGUUGGGAAUUGUGGUUUGUGCAGUGGUUGGCGCCGUGGUCUUUCAGAAGCGCCAGGAGAGGAACAAGAGGUUUUACUAAACCACGGGAUUUCAAAGAACUCUGGAGUUUGUAGGUGAAAACUGCAUUAAUGUGAAUUUUGAACAGCUGUAAAAAUGUUGAUAUUAUUGAAGUGCUCGAGUGGAAGGAAAGCUGGUUUGAGUCUAAAGGUAGGAUUGGGGGCUUUGAAGAAUUUAGUUUUUUAAAUGUUAGUUUGUCUAAUUUGGGUCUGUGUAAUGGCAAAUUCCACAUCUUUAUUUUUGUACCCUUUAUAUAUCUGACUUGGUUCAAAUCAUGGCUCCAUUUCAGUUCUUGUUGAUUUUAUUUUUUUCAUUAUCUUUUAUCUAUGGUUUCUGGAGUGAUCGUUUUCAGCUUGCAUGAAUUGACUUAAGAGGAUUUUAAUGGACUUCACAAGAAACUGAUGAAAGGGUCCACUCAAGCUGAUUAAAUCAAUGUAAAUAUUUUAGCUUCUUUUCUAAAGUAACUGCCCUGGUCCUUUCUCUCUGCAGUGUAACCUUUGAGCCUGUUUUAACCAUGAGAGUUUAACAACAUUGAACCAAAAAAGAAGCUAACUGUUUUUAUUACUGCAAGAUAAUAAGAUUACUGCCUUGUUUUGUUUUUUUUUUUGUUCGCAUUUUUUCCGGCUCCAUACAAAGUAAAAGCAAUGCACUGAUUUACAGUUGUUUUGAAAGCUUACAUGAGCAAACGGGCAGUGACUGUAAAAUGACGCUUUUGGUGAGAAAAUAAAGCAGUUCGAAUAGUG